AUGAAGUCCUUUUUGCAGCAGCAGUUUCAAGAUCUUAAACACUUUAACUUGAAAGAGAUAAAGACAAUCACCGGAAACUUUGAUGACAAGAAAUUUAUUGGAGAAGGUGGAUUUGGGAAGGUGUAUGCAGGUGUACUCUCCGACUCCGAGGGACAAAUCAGGGUUGCUUUUAAGCGUCUGAGUAGCAAAUGCGGGCAGGGAAACCCUGAGUUCUUAAAAGAAAUAUUCAUGCUUUCCCGCUACAUACAUGAUAAUCUCAUAUCUCUUGUGGGAUUUUGCGAUGAAGAAGGAGAAAAAAUCCUUGUGUACGAGCAUGCCAGUAAUGGAAGCCUUGAUUGUCAUUUGAGUAGCAUGACUCUGACAUGGACACAACGUCUCAAGAUAUGCCUUGGGGCUGCAAAGGGACUCUGCUACCUUCAUGAUCCUAAGGAGACUCAACAAAGAGUCCUGCACAGAGAUAUUAAAAGUUCCAACAUCCUAUUAGACGAGAAUUGGAAUGCUAAAGUUUCGGACAUGGGACUCUCGAAAAUAGGACCCGCAGGUCAGCAGCAAUCCUUUCUUGCAACUAAUGUUGUUGGUACCUUUUGGUACAUAGAUCCGAUGUAUAUGGAGACAAGUAUCCUAACAAAAGAGUCGGAUGUAUACUCUUUUGGGGUGGUCUUGUUUGAAGUGUUGUGUGGGAGCCUAUGCUUCGAACGUAACAGUAGCAAUAAUCAUUUUCAGAGUUUAGUCCGAAGGUGGAAAAAAAGCUACAAAGAGAAAAAGUUAGAUGAGAUUAUCUUUCAUAAUCUGAAGCAAGGAAUGAAUCUGAGGUCAUUGGAAACAUUUUCACAAAUUGCGUAUCAAUGUUUGAUGAAAUCUCGGGUACAACGGCCAAAGAUGUCUCAUGUUGUUGAAAGACUUGAGAUUGCGCUUCAGUUUCAACAGGGGAUUACUAAUCCAGAGGAGUUUAAGGAGAUGGUUAAGUCUCUGGUCAACAAAGAGGAACUUGAGAUGCUUCUCUCCAGUGGAAUCAUCAUUAAUGGGGGCAACACGUGGUUCUCGUUAAAUAAGAAUGGGAAGCAUUGUGAAAUGAUAUCAGCCGAAUGUUUUGGUGCUUCAUUCGUUGAACCUCCUAAUGAUUAUAUUCCGUAUCAUGGUAAAAAUAAAUCAAGAUUUCAAGUGUGCAACCGAAGAGGUUUAUUUGGAAAUUUCACAACACACGUGACAACACAAUUUUUGUCACCAAAUAUCAUAUACAAAGUAAACCUUGUGUUUAUGAAUGUACUCAAAAGGAAGGACAAUUUAGGCAUCAAAUACAAGUCCGGUAGUAAGACAAAGUAUAUGGUUUUGUUUGUAGCACAUGAGAGAGAAGAUGGAUGGUUGACAGCUGAAUUGUAUCAGUACUUUGUCAACGAUACUGGUAAUGUUGACCUUGAAAUUGAGUUCCGUUGCCCAAAUGCGAUUGAAGUAGAAGGCAUUGAGUUUCUUCCCCUGGAGAAACAUAAGUUACUGGAUGUGGAUUUGCGAAAAGACACAGACUGGGGACCUAAAUUGCCAACUGAUUAUGAAGAGAUAAUCAAGUGGUCAAAAAAUUUCAUGUCUUUAUCUCUGGGACUAAGGUCUGAACGUGAUAGUUUGCAGGCUUUGAUGUUUAUUCAGCAACUUUGCAUUAAAAAUCUUUCAAGCAAGCAUAUUAUUCGUAAUGCUGAUCUCAUACCCAUGAUUGUUGAGAUGUUGAAAAGCACCAGUAGUGAAGUCCGGUGUAGAUCACUUGAAACACUUCGAGUUGUGGUAGAAGAUGACAAUGAUAAUAAGGAAAUAAUGGCUGAUGGUGUUAGGGUGCGCUCGAUUGUGAAGUUUUUGUCUGAUGAACAUUCCCAAGAAAGGGAAGAAGCUUUCUCGUUGCUCUACGAGCUCUCAAAAUCAGAGGCUUUGUGUGAAAAAAUUGGUUCUGUUAAUGGUGCAAUCCUUAUUUUAGUUGGAAUGACAGAUAACAAAUCAGAAAAUGUUUCAAUUGUUGAGAAGGCUGACAAAAUUUUGAAAAAUCUAGAGAAGAAUGAGAACAACGUGAGGCAAAUGGCUAAAAAUGGAAGAUUGCAACCCCUUUUGACACUUCUUCUUCAAGGUAAUUCCCUUGAGAUCAAAUUACGUAUGGCUUCAUACCUCGGUGAGCUUAGCGACAAUACAAAAGUUUUUGUAGCAAGAACUGCAGGUUCAUCGCUAAUCAACAUCAUGAAAACCGGUGACACGCAAUCAAGAGAAGCCGCACUCAAAGCUCUAAAUCAAGUCUCCUCUUGUAAAACAAGUGCGAAGGUUUUAGUUGAACAAGCCAUACUCUCACCUCUUAUCCAGGAUCUUUUCUCGGAUCUUCCUAUGCGACUAAAAGAAGUAUCCGCAGCAAUCCUCGCAAACAUAGUAACCUGCGACUGUGAUUGCUUUUCCAUCUCGGUGGGGCCCAACAACCAGACUUUGCUCUCGGAAGACAUACUUCACAACUUACUCCGUUUGAUCAGCAACAGCGGAUCAUCCAUCGAGUAUGAACUUGUACAAGUUCUCAUCGUAAUCACCAAUUCCCCAGUCACCGUGAUUCCAGUCGUGAACGCCAUCAAAAGCUCCGGUGCCACCAUCGUUUUGUUACAGUUGAUCGAAGCUCCACAAAAAGACCUACGCAUGGCUUCGAUCAAGCUUCUCCAUAACCUCUCAUUACACAUAAGCCAAGAAUUAGGUAAUUGUCUAUACGGGUCAGCGGGUCAACUCAGUAGCCUGUUUACAGUAAUAUCAGAAAACAUAGCCAACACCGAAGAGAAAGCAGCCGCCAUUGGAAUUGUAGCGAACCUUCCAGAACAAGAUAGACUGACUCGCAAAAUGCUGGAUGAAGGCGAUUUUGAGAUCGUUGUUUGUGGAACAAAAAUGAUCACACAAGGCAAAACUAGAAGGGUCCGUUUCAUGGCUUUGUACCUCGAAGGACUUGUAAGUGUCCUAUCGCGGAUUACUUUUGUUUUAUCCGAUGUACGGAAAGCCAUCUCAUUUUGUCGUGACCACGAGCUCGCUGCUUUAUUUUCCAAAUUAGUCCAACAAAACUGGCCCGACAAAGUUCAAAUGGCCUCCGCUCUUGCUUUAGAAUCUCUAUCUCGCCAAUCGAAAAACUUAACACAAUUACCUGAGAUCCGACCACCUAAAUUUCACAUGUCGGGUUUGCUCCGUUUAAGUAAAAAAAAAACGGUCAUGUCAGGGCUGUGUAGGGUCCACCGGGGGGUGUGCACACAACGAGAUACAUUUUGUUUGUUAGAAGGAGAAAGUUUGGCAAGAUUAGUGAAUCUGUUACACCAUAAGAAUGAGAAGGUGGUUAAGGCAUCAUUGGCUGCACUGUCAACUUUGUUGAAUGAUGGAGCGUAUAUAGAGGAAGGGGUGAGUGUGUUGUGUGAGGCUGAAGGGAUUAAGCCGAUUCUUAAUGUGUUGUUAGAGAAUCAAAAUGAGAGUCUAAGGAGAGGGGCGGUUUGGAUGGUGGAGAGAUUAUUGAGGACAAAUUAUAUAAAGUAUCAAGUGUGGGAAAACACAAAUCUUAGUACAGCGCUUCUGGAUGCGUUUCAGCAUGGUGAUUAUCAAACACGACAAAUUGCGGAACGCGCGCUUAACCGUAUUGGUAAGAUACCCGACUUUUAUGGGAUCUAUCCUAACAUGGGUUAA